UGUCUCAGUCACAAAAAUGAGGACAAUACCGAAAGAUCUGUUUGUCUAUUUAGCACUCUUUGGUGUAUUAUUUUCCGGCUUAAUCACCUUUUAUGCAAUAGUGCCACAAAACUACUUGCCACCACCGAAAAAACCCAACAUUAUUAUAAUAAUGGCCGACGAUGUGGGCCGUAACGAUGUCGGUUUUCACGGUUCGAGUCAAAUCCCGACCCCAAAUAUCGACGCUUUGGCUUACAAUGGAAUUAUUUUGGACCGGUUUUACAGUCAGUGUUCAUGUACCCCAUCUCGGGCUGCCCUUCUUACUGGACAAUACCCCAUUAGAAUGGGUAUGCAAGGGUUACCUAUAAGGGCCGGUGAAAAUAAAUCCUUACCCCUUCACGUUACCACAAUGCCCCAACAUUUAAAACGUUUGGGUUACACGACCCACUUGGUGGGUAAAUGGCAUAUGGGGUAUGCCCACAUCCGAGAUACCCCUUUACAAAGGGGGUUUGAUACUCAUUUUGGGUACUGGAAUGGGUUUGUGGGCUACUUCAACUAUACAGCGGUGUAUGAAUUGCCAAAUGAUACGAUGGUAAAAGGGUUCGAUUUGUAUGAUGGGGUCGUACCGGAUUGGGGGUCACGUGGCAGGUACGCCACUGAUUUAUUUACCGAAAAGGCAAUAGAUGUUAUUGAUGGGCACAAUAGUGAGAAACCUUUAUUUUUAGUUUUGGCCCAUUUAGCAGCCCAUACGGGCGAAGAUGGGGUCGAAUUGGGUGUCCCUGAUGUUGCACAAGCCGAAACGAGGUUUUCUUAUAUUAAGGAUCCCAGACGGCGGCUUUACGCCGACAUUGUCCAGCGAUUGGACAACUCGGUGGGCCAGAUCGUCGCAAAACUCUCCGAAAAAAAACUCCUACACAACUCCAUCAUCCUUUUCUUAUCAGAUAACGGGGCCCAAACUGUCGGAACGUACAAAAAUUUCGGCUCUAAUUGGCCCCUAAGAGGAGUCAAAUUGACCGAAUUUGAGGGCGGAAUUCGGGUUCCAGCGGCCAUUUAUAGCCCACUUUUCCAAAAAAAGGGCUAUGUAAAUAGGGAGUUGAUACACAUAACUGACUUUUUGCCCACUUUUUAUGCCGCCGCCGGUGGCAAUUUGAAAUAUUUGGGCAAAAUUGAUGGUAUAAAUCAAUGGGAGACUUUAUCGUACCAAAAACCGGGCAAAAGGGCUGAAAUUUUGGCCAAUUUUAACGAAAUUGAUAACGUUUCAGCCAUAAUCACGGGACAGUACAAGUUGCUUCAAGGGAGACACAGUAUUCCCGAAUAUGAACACUACUAUGGUGACAGUGGACGCAACCAUGGGGACCCCCCAUACAAUUUCACAGCGGUUUUGUCCAGUAGUACCAACCGAGCGAUACAAAAUAGUAUCAAAAUAGUGAAUUUGAGGGGUGAGACUGAUUUGAGCUGGUGCAGGAGUGCCAACCAAACUCCGAUUAUGGAUUGCACAGAGGGUUGUUUGUUCGAUCUAGAGAGUGACCCUUGUGAGACGACAAACAUAAUUCAAAGGGAGAAAAUAAUAGCUGGAAGAUUAUUCAAACGACUUUUAGAAUUUUCGCAAGUUUUGGUCCCCCAACAAGAUCCAGUUUUCGAUCCAGACUCAAAUCCCCAGUUUUUCAAUGGGACUUGGUGCACGUGGUUGGAUUCCGAAUAUUGUCCGAAAUCUUUUUAGUUUGUUUUAUUUAAGAAAGAAAAUAAACACUGUGGUGAU